UAGAAUGGCCGUGGUGCUUGAUUGGAAGUGAAGUCAAACCAAUCCAACAAUCUUAACCCUUCUGUUUCUCUCAAUAGUUGAUAUUCGCGGCCGGGAGCAUUCUAGAGGUUCUCUGUUGUCUUCUCCAGUCGAACUCGAAACCUAGAAGGCUUUGGAUCAAGCCGGCGGCGACUAUGGGUGGUGGCCCGUUGAUCUCAGUUCACCCUGAGGAGCUUACCUUCGAGGUCAAACUGGAUGAGCCAGCUUAUUGCAACCUCAAGGUCGUCAACAACACCGAGCACCAUGUAGCCUUUAAGGUCAAGACCACUGCUCCGAAGAAAUAUUUCGUGCGGCCGAAUGCAAGCGUGGUUCAGCCUUGGGAUUCAUGUACCAUAACUGUUACCCUGCAAGCUCAGAAGCAAUACCCACCGGACAUGCAGUGCAUGGAUAAGUUUCUUAUUCAGAGCACAAAAGUGCCGCCAAGCAUUGAUAUUGAUGAGAUCCCUCCUGAUACUUUUACCAAAGAUGGGGAGAAGGUGAUAGAGGAAUUGAAGCUUAGAGUAGUUUAUAUUUCCGCAAAGUCCCGCCAUCCAAAUUCUGAGGGGAAGUCAGGGAUCAGUUCAGCAUCCAGGCAUUCUAUGAUAGGUUCUGAUAUUCAGGCAGUGCAGCGUUUGAGAGAGGAAAGGGAUGCUACUCUUCAGCAAAAUAAGCAUUUGCAACGAGAAUUGGAAUUGCUAAGGAGAACUAAAAGCAGCAAAAGUAAUGCAGGCUUUUCACUAACUUUCGCCGCGUUCGCCGGGCUUGUUGGACUAUUGGUUGGCAUGAUGCUAAGCAUUGCGCUUUCUUCCUCAUCUACUGAGUAACCCAUUUGGGUUGGCUGUGCUGCACUAUUUUCGUCUUAUUUCAUAUUUAUAGAUCUUCAAAGUGUUUUAUUGGUGCUUUGUUUCUUCUAUUUUAACAUUAUUUCAUUCCUUUUAUCCGUUCUUGUGGUAGAAAGAUGUGUUUAGAAAUUCGAACGUUUGGAAAUGGGUGUUAAGAACUGGCUGGCAUGCAGUCUGAAUACCCCUACUUUUCCCUCUUGGUGUUUGUGGGAUUCACUGUAAUCUUAUUUCACUUGUAAUUUUUUGCUCGGAUUGAGCUGUGAGAGGUGAAAAGCUUGCGAUUUCAUGGCUUUUUAUUUCCUUGAA